AUGGAUAUCGAUAGAUCACCACCAUCUAGAGGAGGAUCUAUGGGGGGUAUGGAUGCUACUGAUGAUGAUAAGGAGGAUUGGGGUAGACUUAAUGAUAUUAUAGAGUCUAUAGAGACGUUGCUAGCUACACUACGGUGGUUGAGGCAAAUACAGGCUAAUGAUCUAGAAGACAAUAAGGAGAAUACUAAUGGUAAUGGUGUAUUGAAGGCUAUAUUUGAUAUCCUUCGUAAGUGUACUGAUGGUGAUGAUGCUGCUAUUAGGACUCUAUCUCAACAAGCAUCAGGAGAUAUGUAUAGGGCAUUAGAGUUAGCUGCUCUUAUGUCAUCACCAUCACCUACUCCAUACACUCAUGAGGAUGACGAUGAAUCCCUGUACUACAUGGACUGGACAGAGAAGACUAUGAUUAACACUGCUGAUGGUGGUGAUGAGGCAUACCCUAGGGCUUCUAAUGGCAUCCAUCCAUUACCAUCUAGGAGAUUACUUGUAAAGGAAGGGAUAUUGAUGCAGUUAUCGGGCAGUAACACUACAUCAGAAGGGGCUCUUAGUGAUGAUGAUAGGGCUUGGCUAGGAUAUCUAUCGGGGCAUCUAUCAACAUUGUUAUCAACCAAAGACUGUUGGAUGGGUAGUGAAGCCCCUAUAAGGUCCUCCUCAUUGUCACCCUUGAUGCACGCUGCUGCUACUGAUACUAGCAGUGAGUUUGGUGGUUACCUUGCUACUCUAUACCGACAGGAGCUCCUACCUUACCAUCAUCAAGAGCUUACAUCUAAUGUGGUUGAUGCAUUAUUCGAUGGUCUUAUACGGGCUAAACUUGAGGUUGAGGAUGAUAUGAAAUAUGAUGCUACAGCAAGCACUAUCAUGGGGGAUCAUAUAUUAGAUGAACAUACUCUGACAGUAUUCAAAGAUAGAGUUAUCAAUGCAUCAUCCCAUAUAGAGAUUAUUAAGGGUACCUCAGCCCAGGUCCCUAAUAACUGA